UGGAAUUUAUAUUUGCAUGGUAAGUAUAUUGGGAGCUCGAAAUAUAAAAGAGUAAUUGCUGCCAGAAAGAGGGCAGAGAGCCAGAGAGAGAGGACCGACUGCAAAAGAAAAUGGAAAUACUCUGUCAAAAUUCAUAAACAACCAUGAUUACAAGGCGACGAAAUUUCUAUCCUUGAAGGAAACGAAUCACACAAAAAUUCAGAACCCACAAUUGUCCCCAAAACCAAACCAAAUCUUCAAAAAAAAUUCGAAUCCCCAUCACCUUGAUAGCAAUACUUCUUCAUCGAUCCUUUCUCCCCUUCUAAUUAGUAGCGUUAAGCCCAACAAAAAACAAAAAAGGAUAAUGAGAUUUUGAACAAUUCUAUGGCAACUUCUUCUUCCAAACACCCAAUUUCUCCCCAGUUCACUCCUAUUGAAGAAGGGAAUGAAGAUGAGGAGAUGUCAAGAAGCAGUUUUAGAGCGACAACCCCAAAUGAUUCUGCUGAAGGGAGGCACCAUCAUCCCACUCCGUUGCAUCAACAAAACAGGGGAAUUUCUUCUUCAAGUUCGAGUUCAAAGAAAAAGGGGCACAGUAGUAAUGGACACGUUGUUGGCCGGGAAGACGAUAAAGGGGUUUCAUGCAAUAAGUGUCGGCCUAAUUCGAAGGUUGUGGAUAACAAUGGAAAUGUUCACAGGCAAUCUCUAGCCAGCCCAAAUGGGAUUUUCAAGUCUAUCUUCUCCGGUUUGGCGAAGAAAAGCCCCAGGUCGGCAUCGGAUACUGACUCAGUUAGCCUUCCGACGGAGGAGCAGUGGAAGCUUGCGGCGGCGGAGCUCUCACAUAAACUGAUUCAAGCCACCAGGAAGCGGGAUGAGGCUAUUCUUGAAGCUUCAAGGUUGAAAUAUGCUAUGGCAGAGUUGGAAAAGAAGCUGAACAAGCUUGAAAUUUAUUGCCACAAUUUGAAGUCUGGGCUUGAAGUUUGUAGCAGCAAUAAUAAUGGUGCUAAUGGGAAUAAUGAUAACAGGGCCGGGUCUAAUUCAAAGCUUAAUAAUCAUCAUCUGAAUUAUCAGUUCGUGAGAGUUGGUCAUGAUCAAGGCAAAGUGAUUGAACAUUUCUUGGUUUCGGUUUCUGAGGCUAGAUCUUCUGUGAGGCUUUUGGCUCGGGCUUUGACUCUUCAGCUUGGACAAAUGGGUGGAAAAGUUUAUGACAGGAUUUCAUUGCUUCUCCAGCCUUACGAAAUCAAGGUCUCGUUUUCGAAAAAUCCAAGGGGUCUAGUCUUGUAUCUUGAGGCAUUACUGAACAAAGCCUUCUAUGAAGAUUUUGAAUCUAUUGGGUUCCAGAAAAGCUCAUCAAACUCCAUCUUGAAUCCAAUCGAUCGUUGUGAAGCAAAUUUUGUGUCCUUUAACCGAUUACGAGGGCUCACGUGGGAUGAAGUUCUGAACAAAGGGACCAAGCAUUUUAGCGAAGAUUUCAGCAAGUUUUGUGACAGGAAAAUGAGCGAGAUUGUGGCUAUGCUUGGGUGGAAUCGAGCUUGGCCUGAGCAACUUUUGCAGUCCUUUUUUGGUGCAUCUAAAGCACUGUGGUUAGUUCACCUUUUGGCUCAUUCAGUGCAUCCUAGCCUACCCAUUUUCAGAGUGGAUAAAGGGACAUCCUUCGAUUCAAUUUACAUGGAGGACAUGGGUGGUGACAACAAGGCUCAGAAAUUGGUCCCGACCAUAGUUAGGAUCAUGGUGACGCCUGGGUUCUAUGUCUACGACAAUGUUGUCAAGUGCAAGGUUCUUUCCAGGUACUACAAUAGCAAUACUAAUGUUAAGGGAGUACUUGCUUCGCCUUCGUAGCACAAAAAAGUUGGGAAAAAAAUAUGAUCAAAAUGUAGUAGUAACUAGUGAGCAAAAGCAGUGAUCUUUUUUGUCUCCUUUUUUGCUGGUUACAUCAUAUGUGAAAUGAAAAUUAUAAAGGAGAGCAUGAUUUUGAUUGUAGAUUUUUUUUUUUUUUUAAGAAUCUGGGUAUUGGUCAAAGCCACUGGAAUUUGGCCUUUUCUUGAUUGUUUUCUUUCUUCAUAUUGAAAACACAGUCCUCUUGCGUUCUUUGUGAAGUCAAUCUGGACUUUUGCAUUUUGGUACUAUUCGAAUUCUUCCAUCGGGUUAGACAAAAAAAUUUUCCUUUGGUUUCAUCUCGUGUCAUGUGCUUCAUACGUAAUUUGGAUAAGAUGCGUACUAUUCUCCGAAUUUUUUGAUAACCCAUUUUUUGGUUACUUCCCUAAAGCUAGUAUUUUUC